AUGGCCCCGGUGGCGAAGAUUCGCGCUUUCAGCUGUUUAACCUUCUUUAUUUCAGGAAUAAUUCAAACUAUGAUCAUCAUGACAGCCGUCUGCUGCCAUCUCUUCUGGAUCAUGAUCUAUUUGCAUCAGUUGAAUCCUUUGAUCGGCCCUCAGAUCAAUGUCAAGACAAUCCGCUGGAUUUCAUUGAAGUGGGGAGACUCACCGACUCCAGUUCCUCUUGGACAGUAA